AGCGAAUCGAGCAGCGUGAUUGGCUCAGGCCUGGAAAAGUACGUUUGGGAUCCUCAAUGUACAGGCCGCAGUAGCGCUACCGUUGGAAAAUUAACAAUAAUAAACUACGACAGAUUCGAGGGGAUUCGAAACUCUUCAACGCUCCGAAGGCAGUCGCGGAGUAGACACUUUCCUCCCAGAUGCCAGGUUCACAGAUUAGCUUAAUGUUUGCGACGCUUCUACAUGAAGGGAUCUACUGUCAGAUGUGAAGUGUUGUGGACCGCUCACAGAUAAUGGAUCAAGGUGGAGGGAUCCUGGAGCUUCACAAGGAUUUAACAAUGCCCCAUACAAUGAUAAUGCCAGAUUUUGUUGCAGGGAUGGGAGGCCUGGCCCACAUCGACGGCGAGCACAUCGUGGUGUCUGUGCCGGAGGCCGUGAUGGUGACGGACGAGGGCAUCAUGCUGGAGACGGAGGUGGUGGAGGGACCGGACAUCUGUCACGAGGACGUCAUCACCACCGAGGGCGUGAUCAUGGCCGAGUCCAUCCAAGAGGCUGACCUGAUGGAGGAGACGGUGCCGGAUCAGGUGUUUGUGGCUGAGCUCAUGUCUCCUCACGACCAGAGCCCGCUGGACCACGAGCUGGUGACCGCAGACGAGGAUGUGAAGAGCCCUUCGGAGGACUACCUCAUGAUCUCCCUGGAUGAGGUCGGGGAAAAGCUGGACAUCGGAGACGCGCCUUUAAAGAUCAGCACAGACGUGGUCCAGGACGACGACGACGGCUCCAAAGAGGACGAGUUCGGCUCCGAGGUCAUUAAAGUCUACAUCUUUAAGGCAGACGGAGAUGAAGAUGUGGAGAUAGGCAGCACCGAGGUGGUGGAGGAGAGUGAUUUCCCCAACGGACACGCAGCACUGGAGCCGGCCGCCUCAGGAAGACCGACCAGAGAGAAGAUGCUCUACAUGGCUGUGAAGGACACCAGCCAAGGACACGAGGACAUCAACUGCUCAGAGAUGACUGACCAGGUGUAUAUGGAGGUCAUCGUUGGGGAGGAAGAAGCUCCUGUCAUCACUGAAGCACAGCUGGAGGACGCACCGCUCAACAAGACCUUCGUUCCCGCCGCCUGGGCCACUGCUUAUGGAAGCAGUGUAGAGAGUAAGAACAGUGCGGUCACUCCGUUCCUCCAGAUCACCGACAGCAUCAGCACAAGCAGAGCACUCAAACAGAAGAUCAAGAAGAAGAGGAGAGGGGAGACGCGCCAGUCUCACACAGCUGUGAUCAUCGGUCCAGACGGCCAGCCCCUGACCGUCUACCCCUGUCACAUCUGCGGCAAGAAGUUCAAAUCACGCGGCUUCCUGAAGCGCCACAUGAAGAAUCACCCGGACCACAUGUUCAAGAAGAAGUACCAGUGCACCGACUGCGACUUCACCACCAACAAGAAGGUGAGUUUCCACAACCACCUGGAGAGCCACAAGCUGAUCAUCAAGAGCGAGAAGAUCCCGGAGUACACCGAGUACACGCGGCGCUACCACGAGGCCAGCCCGCUCAGCUCCAACAAGCUCAUCCUGCGAGACAAGGAGCCCAAGCUGCACAAGUGCAAGUACUGCGAGUACGAGACGGCGGAGCAGGGGCUCCUCAACCGACACCUGCUGGCUGUGCACAGCAAGAACUUCGCUCACGUCUGCGUCGAGUGCGCCAAGGGCUUCCGGCACCCGUCGGAGCUCAAGAAGCACAUGCGGACGCACACGGGCGAGAAGCCCUACCACUGCGAGCACUGCGACUUCCAGUGUGCAGACCAGUCCAAUCUAAAGACUCACAUAAAGAGCAAACACGGCACUGACCUGCCCUUCAAGUGCGGCCACUGCCCGCAGGCCUUCGCCGACGACCAGGAGCUCCAGAGGCACACGGACAUCUUCCAGGGCCAUAAGACUCACCAGUGUCCACACUGCGAACACAAGAGCACCAACUCCAGCGACCUGAAGCGGCACGUCAUCUCGGUGCACACCAAAGACUUCCCGCACAAGUGCGACGUCUGCGAGAAGGGCUUCCACAGACCCUCCGAACUGAAGAAGCACGCAGAAACGCACAAGGGGAAUAAGGUGCACCAGUGCAGGCACUGCGAGUUUAAGACGUCAGACCCGUUCGCGCUCAGCCGCCACAUUCUGUCCGUUCACACCAAGGACUUGCCGUUUAAGUGCAAGCGGUGCAAGCGCGGAUUCAGGCAUCAGAACGAACUGAAGAAGCACAUGAAGACGCACAGCGGCCGCAAGGUGUAUCAGUGCCAAUACUGCGAGUACAACACUACGGACGCUUCGGGAUUCAAACGGCACGUCAUAUCCAUCCACACUAAAGACUAUCCGCACCGGUGUGACUACUGCAAGAAGGGUUUCAGACGGCCGUCGGAAAAGAACCAACACAUACUGCGCCAUCACAAAGAAACCCUGCUCUAACGCUCUUUCUUUCAUCCCCAAUCGUGUCAUUCUCAGCCCUCUUAUUUAAUAUUCUGCUUAAGCGUAAAGAAACAUCAAUCCCAGCUGAGGUGGGUAGAAGCGGCUAACAGUACGGUCUCGGUCACAAAACAUUCACUUAGGGUCUCAGAUGCCUUUAUUUUUAUACCCACUUUACAGAAAUGCUCAAAGGAGUAGUUCACCCAAAAAUUUACUUUCCAGACAUCUUCUCUAGAGAUACGAUAGCAGAAAUUUGGCAGAAAGUGACCAGUGGCUGUCAGGCUUCAAAAAGGAUGAAAGGUGUCAGAAAAGUAGACCCUUUUGUGCACUUUACGGUUCAUACGGAGAGUUCUGUAUGUGUGCUUGCAGCAGUGUUUUUGUGCCCCAAAAUGAGUAAAUAAUGAGUUUUGUUGUAUGGGUCAGAGCAUCAGUACCGCAGGAUAGACGCCACACUGUAUUUCACAAAGCAAGGUUAAGCGUGGAGUCUUUAUAAUGGCGUGUGCUGUGUAAAUCUAACUCGCGUGUCAUGUCUGAACUGCUCAGUGAUGUUUCUGCUCUACUCAUCAGCUUUAGCUGAAGUCUAUCAGGACAAACAUGUUCCAGUUUCCCUCUGCAGUCAUUAAAUCAGAGAUUACCAGCUAGUAUGUCCAGGUUUUACUCUACCUUUUACCGUUUUGUACCCAUCAUGAUCAGAUCUGUUUUUCCAGGAUUUCAGCCCUCCUCAGCUUUGUGAAUACCACUACAAAAUGAAAUGUUUGUGUAAAUGAAACGGUAACAACACGGCGACACGUGCACAUACUGCCAAUUAUCUCUCGAGUCAUGCCUUACGUCUCUUGUUUUUGCACUGAAUUCAGUAAGUAUGAAUCAUUUGUGGAUAUUUUUAACAAGUCUCAGUUAUUCUAUGAUAGAUGUAUACAUUAACAAAUGCAAAUCACGUUAUAAUGUUUAUAAUGUCACUUUAGAGUUAUUUAUUUCAUCCUAAAGCAGAAGCCAUGCUUCAUCUCUUGAUAUCUGUCUCUGUUGACUUCUGAUGAGAGUUUGGGGGGGGCGCUACUUCCUGUCAAUCAUGUUUUUGUCAGUAAUGCUCACUCUAACGUCGUCAUGUGUAAAAACCUUCGUCUUAAGCUCCGACUCAGAAGAAAACCUGUUUUAAAACAUCGUAAUGAAAUAGAAAGAGUGGCUGAUUUGCAGCUGCUUUAAAAGGUUUAGUUCACAAUAAUUGAGUUUCUCUAAAUCCAUCAGGCGUUCGCUUGGCAGCCGUCUAGACAGCGCUGUGUUUGUUACAGUUGUGUCAUGCUACAUGGAAAAUUUAACUCAUGCAUUUCACUUAUUUUCUGAUGGAUGGACUACUGGUAAGAAGGAAACAAAAUAUUUUCUUUUAAGAAAUGGUUUCACACUCAGGUAUUCUUCCCUUGACGUUUAGCAGAUCUUAGCACUUUUCAGAUGUAAGAAAUUAACAGUCUAAAUAAAUAAUUCAAGGAAAAUCAUUUUAAUCUGCUUAUAAAUGUUGUAUUAUGCCAUUAAAGUGGAUAGUUACAUGUGCUGUA